CCCCUCCCCCUUCCCUGGGCUGUAUUGUCCCGGCGUCGAUGGGAGUUGAGUUAACUGUUGGUUCUCUUCCCUUUUUUGGGAGAUUUUUUCCCGAUUGCCGCUUUCCCCCUCCCCGCUCUCCUCAAAUAUUGACCAACAUCCCAAAUUCCAUGUUCGAUCUGGUAGUGAGGAAAAAUAUAAGGCUGUAGGUUUAUCUGGCAGUUCUUGGAACUUUCAAGUGUCACCAUCUCAAAAAAUACGUGCAUUUACAUGAGCACCUCAAGUAAGGAUUAGAGAUUUUGAAAAGAACAAUCGGCCCUUCCUUACGAUCACCGCCCUAUUACGAAAAGUGUUUGUUGAUCUCAAAGAUAAGAAAAGUCCUUAACAGUGUAAUGCGGACACUUCCGUGAUGUCAACGCUAGGUUCUAUCUUUAUCAAGGUGUUUCGACUGUAUAUAUAAUUAAAGCGUAUUCGAAACGAAAACUUUUAUGGAAAAAUUCAGGAAUUAUUUAUUAACAGUUAUUCAUUUCGUUUUUCUUUAGCUGAAGAAAAAACUUGAUGUGCAGGCAACUGUCAAGCAUGCUGAGUUGGAAUUAGUAAAGUAAGGAGUACUUAUUCAAAUGUAUAUUAUCUAUUGACUACCUUAAAGUGACCAAGAUUUUUACAAAUGAAUCGGAAUGAAUAACGAGAUAUAUUCAACAAGAGACACAAAGGUAUCAUAAAAAAUACCCACGCAAGGAGGGAAUCCAAACAACCUUAAAACUUAAACAUUUCUUAAUCCUUUUAAAUGCCAAAAAAAUCCCCCUUCCCGAUAAAUGCGCCUUAAAGUGAAGAUAAAAAAUCACAAUCAGGUAAGAUCUACCGCCGUAGGUUUUAUUAAUAAACUGUCUUGUUGAAAACUGAAUCCGUUAGUCGUUGCAUUACAUUGGUCGGACCGAACUUAAACCUGUCCUGCUUACCUGCCUGCUUACCUGCUUGUAUAAUGAGCUCUGUUUCAGUCAGAUUGAAAUGUCUUUCACACUUUGAAUGGAUAAAAUUCCUUUGAAGGUAUUUAAAUUAAGUUAAAAAAAGGCUGAGGUGACAGAAAUUUUCACUGACUUAGUCGUUUAUAAUUCACUAACAAUUACUGAAGAAGAAAUGUAUCUGAUAUUGGCAACGACUAACGGAUUCAAUUUUGAACUAAACAGUUCAUUAAAAGAAAGUAUGGGAGUACGCUCGAGUUGGUUUGACUGUAGGAGUAAAUGAAUGUAACUAUAGCCUAUAGGGAUAAAGUUGGACAUUCAAAGUCAAAGAAAAUGGAAAAGGAUCACGCAAUAGCAAAAUAACCUCUUUCGACCCAGGCCGCCGUUUUCGAAAAGAAAUGACAAAUAAGGGGCGGAAAUAAACCAGGAAAGAUUAUUUUAAAAGCACUCGUUGAAAGUUAACAGCAAUAUCCCUUGGAAAAGAGCUGUUCUAUCAACCGUAAUCAGAAAGCAAAGGAAUGGUGAAAAAACAGUGUACUUUAAUUUUUUCGUAGGAAACAACUUGAAGGGAAGAACAAAGAAUUUUAUGAUGUAAAAGUAGCAAGCACGACACAAGAGAUGAACUUGAGAGAAGCACAGUUGAAAAUUAAGGAAGUUGAAAGCUCGCUUAAAAAUGAGAUCGCCGUCCAUCAGUCCGUAUCUCUCAGGUAUGAGGUAACUGUUUGGAACGUUAUUUACUGCCAAGCUACUCUCUUAGACAAAAGUGUUAAGAACAAAUGGACGUUGCCACGUCUGCUUUCAAGAUAAAGCUAUUGAAAGCACUGACCACCCCAAAAACUCCCUCCCCCUUCCCUGCCAAAGGUAGUAUUGAAGUCCAGCUGGAUCAUUACUGACCCUGACUUAAUAACAUCGACCAAGGUGGGGCGAGGAGAGGGGCCUUGUCACUAUCUUGGACAAAAAAUGUUAAGAAUUUUGCAAAAAAUGCACUUUUUUAAAGAGCAUUUUUGCAGGGUAAGAAAGUGAAAAAUUCUUAACAUUUUUUGUCCAAGAUAGUAGCUAGAUUUAAGACGGCAACGUUACGUACUAUAUUCUAAAUCCAUGACGAUUGACAAAAUGUUACCGAGCCACUUGUCAGUCAGAAUGUGACUGUGGUUGCGAAUCGUACCCAUCUUUUCUCUACAGUGCCUCCCUCCCGACAGUGUUCCAAAAGCAGGAUAAUAAAUCAGGGUGGCUGAACACAGUCUGAUAGGUUGUCGAUCGUUGCUAUUCAUUGUCGUGUUAUUUAACACUCGUUGCAAGUAUUAAGCUCAAAUAUGGCACGAGCAAUGUAUAGUGUGUACAUUACAUUUGUUAGGUUAAAGGUAAGAUUGCGAUCGUUACUACGGCAGCAAGGAUAAUUGAAAACAAGCCUAAAGUUUUGAACUAAUUAGGUCUAAUUAGGUUUACGCAAAAUCCAGUCAUUGAAUUUCCGUAAAAAUUUUCAUACAGCGUACAAUAUAUAACCCUCAUUCUCUUAACAUAAACAACACAAACAACUUAACCAAAUUGUAACAAAGCGUUUUUUAGAUCUCGCUGGACAGUUCCAAUGAUAUGAGAACGGGGUUGUUGCUUUUUUUAUUCAUUAUCAAACAAAACUGAGCUACUCCUACCAGUUCAAACCACAUGACUCAGGCUUCACGUUGUGGACGCUCUGUUGUAGACGUUUCGUUUUCGUUUCCUGUCUAUUCUUACCUUCCAGCGUUCUGCGAACUUUGUCAUUGACUAUUUUACAGAAAUGAUCAGCUGCAGCAGGAGGUCACAGUCUUGCGAGAACGAAACAAAAAUGAACUCAGUAUUUUGAAAAAGUCACUGGAUGUUGCUAUCGGAAGAUGGUAAGAGAAUCGUUCAGCUUUGUCCAUUCGAAAACCUGUGUUUCCUGUAAAAGCGAUAUUUAUUUGAACACCAUUGUUACUUAACUAUUUGUCAGGGAAUCAGGUUUACAUAGUAAGUGCAGCGAUCAAGCUCAGACUCAGUGUGUUGAGAAAAUGGACAAUAAAACAAUUCAGAAAUUACGGGAACUUUACUUUAAAGUAAGUGCCUUAAAUUUUCCCUAAACUGAGUAUUUUUAAUAGUUAUUAUUGCUCCUUUUAAUACAGUUUUAUUUUAGUUAGAACAGAUUGCAUCAUCGUCAUUGAAAAUUGCGACCCUCUUGCUGCCACGAUAACGGCGGUGUUCCAUUUUACUGAAAAUUCACCUUUCUCAAAAUACACUUAAGCUUUAAAGGCUUUCAGGUUUUUAACAACCAAUUGAAUCUCUUUUUCUCAUAUCUCGUAACCAUGGCAACUGAUUGAGGACAAAUUUUGUCAAAAUGUCUAAAACAUAAGGUAAGGUAAGCCAAAAAGUUGACAAAAAGUCGUUCUAGUCAAAAACUAGCGAAAGGCGUCCACCUUCUCUGAAGACGAAAUUUGAACCGCUUUCUUGUUCUACUUUCUAAACGAUGUAGCAGCAAAUAUUAUUUUUCAAGCUAACCUGUUUAUCCUUUAUUGAUGUACAUAUUGCAACAUUUUUAAAAAGUUUUCUCUGAACAUAGUUUGUUCGUGUUAUAGGUUUCAGAGCUUGAAACACAGCUGAACCAAGAGAAAAAUGAUCACCUUUUAUCACUGGCUCAGGUCCGAGUAGAAGGGCAAAGAUACAUGACAAGGGAACUACGAACGGAUUAA